CUAUCAACACUGUAUAUUUAUACUGAAGAUUUAAAAAUUAUUGUUACGAUCUUUAAGCUUUAUUAUUUUAGUGUAAUUAAGAAAUUUUGAGCGAAUUGAUAAUGCAAUCAAAUAGUAGAUUUCAAUUUAAAUCGGUGGACUCAAUCUAAUUAUUAAAUAAAAAAGGGGAUAUCUACUAACAAAAAUGAAAAAUAAAGAAAAAUCUAAUCAAAAUACAGUGAAGGAGCGACGUGAUGGCCGAGAGAGGUCUGAGCCGCUACUCGCCGUGCCUGAAGAUGAAAGCGAACAUCCUCCACAUUCACUGCCUCGGCUAAGCGUAGUCCUACCUGCAAGCACCUCUUCUAGUAUUGACAACAUCCCACCACGACAGUCUCGAAACCGACCACUAUCACAGGGCGACGAGUCAAUGACAGUGGUGUUAUCAGCGUUCUAUGCAAAAUUAUUAAUAGUUUUAGGGGUAGCUUUCCCCGUGACCGGCACUAUUCAAAAUGAACUUAAUACAAACAUUACAUCUGAUAUUUUCACAAUGUAUCUAUACAUUGUUAGCAUGGCAUUCCUUGCUUACACUUUUUAUCAUCUUAGAUUGGCGAAAAAAGAUAAAAACGAAAAAGCGAGGCGUACGCGCUAUGGCAGUUUUUAUCUUCACAUGGGAGUGGCUGGUUUUAGCGUAGGUUCGAUCAUCUACUCCUGCCUACAGUUUGGGGGAUACUUUGAUCUCACAGGGGAUUGUCAACUAAUAAUCGUUGCCGUCAAACCCUCACUUCGUAUACUGUUCAUGAUUGCGCAGACAGUUUUUAUCUUCUCUUAUACAGACAUACUGGAUCCAAUGAGAGGUGUGGUAGUGGACAAGUUUGGAUUGAUGCAUUUGAUCGCAACAAAUGUAUGUGAAUGGUUCAACGUGGUCAUUCAAGAAACAAGAGAUGACAUAGUCGCAGUGGCGUAUGAUAGACCAACACUUUUCCGAUAUGCUAACAUUAGUGGAGCAUAUAAGACUGUAAUCAUAACAGAUGUACUAGACAAUAUAACUUUUAUUGAAAAGCCUGGAGGGCUAGGUUUAAAAAAUGGCAAUGUUCUAAAUAUGUCCAUGGACAAACUGAAUUGGAGCUGCAAUGUCUCAGACAUGAUUACGCCUUUAAUAAGAAGCGUAAACCCGUAUUUAAGGCCUUGUGGUGUGGAGUACAGUCUUUUAUGUUCUAUUAUUAUUGUUGUCAUAUGGAAUGAUAUAUGCACCGUACCUGGAUCAAAAUUUCUCAAAGUAGCUCCUAAUACAAUAUCAAACAGAGAAAUACGACAAUGCUGCGAACGUAUAAAAUCAAACAACCAUUUCUCAGUAGAUUGCGGUAGUGCACACAGGGGACUUUUUGCAGGCAUUGUAGUACUAGCUGGCACUAUAGUCAGUCUGAUGUUGUUCAAUGGUCUCUUUCAAAAAGAAAAACAUGUGGAACUAGCACUACUACAGAUAAACGUUUGGGAGACAAUACUAUUUAUUCUAAUGACCGUUGGAUCUGGUGCCUGUCUUCAACGCAUACGGUCACUCCCUCUAAAACGAACCAUGACAGCCUUGCCACUAGAACAUGCAUUAUUACUGGUCACUCAGUUUGGUGUAUACUUAUACUAUUUAUUUCAAAUUAUUGGUGCUGGUUUCUUGGUUCAUAAAUACCCUGAAGAGAGGCGUGCUACUCGUAUUUUAGUGCCUCUAUGUGCAGUGAUACAAUGCUCCUGUCAGACACUUCUGAUCUUAGACGCGUGGUCCCGUAGAUGCGAAGAAACAACAGGCCGUCGCCCAGGACGCCAGCUAGUAACCUUCCUUCUCGUCGGGAAUUUUGCGCUAUGGCUUUUAAACCGAGUUAAGAACGCAAGAGCGGAAUUUCAUCCACUACAGAUGGAAUUUUUCGGCGUGUGGGCAUGGACGCUAAUCACUCACGUCUCCGUACCACUUCUUGUUUGCUACAGAUUUCAAGCUACUGUCUGUUUUUAUGAAAUUUGGAAAAAUUCAUAUAAAAGAAAAAAAUAUACUAACGAUAUCAGUUUAGAGGAGCAAGACUUUGAGCCGAAGAAUCAUGUGGCAUAACCAUAUAAUAAAAA